CAAAACUACGAAUGAAAAGUGAUUUCGGAGAGAAAAAUUGAAGCCUUUUCAUGUGAUUUUGUGAAUUUGUGUUUGUGCAAAAUUCAUUGUAGACUGUGUUUGUAUAAUAUUUUUGGAGCAACGUUCCCAAAAAAACGUACCGCUUGGUAGUAAUAUGAGUAAUGUUACCAACCAAAAUGGAACAGGUCUAGAGCAGCAGCUUGCUGGUCUGGACUUGCAGCCUCAGGCUAAUAAGAGUGCUGGCCGCUACAUCCCCCCGCAUCUGCGUAGGCAGUUGCAGGCCAAUCCUUCACAAGGGGAAGAGUCUAAGCGUCCAAGCUUAGACGCCCGUUCAAACGAACAACGGGACGGCCGUUCAUCAUUCGGAGGCAACUCUAGAACCUACGACCGUGGUGGUCGGCGCGACGACCGCGAACGUGACCGCGACCGUGACUACGAUCGCGGCAACGACUCGCGAUUCCCGCGCAGAGACCGCGGUCGUGAUUCAGGCUAUCAAAAUGGCGAUUCAGAGCCACAACGCUGGUCGGAGUCGUCAGAGAGAUGGGGCUCAUCGGGUGGCGGCGGGCGCAGCUCGGGCGGCGGAACGGGCACGUCGAGCCGCGAGUCGCGCGACGUGCGCCGCGACGAGGACUUCAACGAGCCACCGCAGCCGCGCAACGACCGCUGGAAGGAGCCGGAACCACGCGCUGACGACCGCAACAACUCGCGCUGGCCCUCCGAUGAUGUACGCCGUACGAGCAAUCGCAGGGACGAGGUUGGCCAUGAAAACAAUUCAAAUGAUUGGACGGUCCCGCUACCUCGCGACGAGCGGCAGGAGUUGGAGCUGUUUGGCACCGGUAACACAGGCAUCAACUUCUCGAAAUAUGAAGACAUACCAGUUGAGGCCAGCGGUGAUCGCGUCCCAGACUUCAUCACCAGUUUUGAGGAUGUUAACCUGACGGAUUUAAUGCGCCAGAACAUAGCUUUCGCUCGUUACGACAAGCCGACACCAGUCCAAAAGUAUGCAAUCCCCAUCGUGCUGGCCAGACGAGAUCUCAUGGCAUGCGCACAGACAGGUUCUGGAAAAACGGCCGCCUUCCUUGUGCCCAUCCUCAAUCAGAUGUACGAAGCUGGGCCUGUUAAACAUAUGGGACAAUGUGUGCGACGCAAGCAGUACCCGCUGGGCCUGGUGUUGGCUCCGACGCGCGAGCUCGCUACUCAGAUUUUCGAUGAGGCUAGAAAAUUUGCCUACCGUUCCCGUGUGCGACCUUGUGUCGUUUGGCUGACGAGCACGGCAGCUGAUGGGCGCCUUGGCGGCGGCGGACGUCGGACAGGAAGCAGGUCUGGCGGGGGACGAUUUGCAAGCAGCGGCAGUGGCUUUGGCGCUAGAGAUUUCCGUACUCAAUCGCGUCAGACUCCACGGUCGGCAGGGCCAUCUACUAUUGGCUCUGGGUUUGGAUACGGCGGCGGGUCGUAUGGCGGUAACUAUGGCGGGUCGUACGGCGGCGGCGGCGGCGGCGGCAGCAGCGGCGGCCCCGACUGGUGGGACUCGUAAGCGUCCGCUCGCACUCCGCAGACCUCGCACCGCACGCGACCCCGUACUCGACCCCUUCAUUCGUAACUUAAGUGAUGUGAAACGUUCUAGAUUAAUAUAUUUUAUUUUAAUUCGUAAACUAAUAGUUGGACUGAAAUUGACCUGUGACUAUUUAAUAUGGUAAUGUUUGUACAAUAGAAGAGAGCGGUGCGACAGAGAGAUGUGUUUGGGCGCGGUCGGCCGCGGGCGCUGAAUCUCAGGUGCGCUGCCCGAUGGUCCGACCGAACCUUGUUUCUUAACUUCAUACUAUCACAUAGGCAUGCUUAACAAAUGUCUGUGAACAUAUUCCGCGAGAAUGGUAGUUCGCGAUCAUUAAUGAAGUAAUCGAUUAGAUUAAAUUUGAUCACAUGUAUCGUUUGCGUCACGCGCGACGUGACUCGCACGCGUUUUGUCUUUUUUAGUAACGAUUAUGUGAAAGUAGUUUAUUAAUAUAGAAAUAUUUUUGAUGUCCGAUCUGUAUCGUGAAUUCGUAAGUGAACAAUGUAAUUGUGUAUUUUCGAUUUUCUAUUUCCUGAAGGUCUCAUAGCUGAACUCACUCAUGACACUGGAAUUUUGAAGCAUUUACGCACUCUAAAAUCGAUGUAGCUAAUGGAGCAGUAGAUUUAGAAAUUGAAAAGUACCGAUACAGUAUCAUAGCAAAUAAUUACAAAAUUUUAUCAGUAGAGAUCCCAUAUUGUAAUAUCUGUCUUCGACGUGAUCUAUUAUUUGAAUGUGAAUUUACCAAUAAAAAUUAAGAAACAGA